CGGAAGUGCGGACCGCGUUGGGAGCAGGCAGCGAUGGCGGAGCAGGCUACGUCUCCCUUGAGCGAAGCGCACAACGUGAGCGGGCCCGGGGAGGCCCCCGCCGCCGGCCCGGCGCGCCCGCCCGCCACCCCCGAGGGCAUGGCCCUGGCCUACGGCAGCCUGGUGCUCAUGGCGCUGCUGCCCAUCUUCUUCGGGGCGCUGCGCUCCGUCACCUGUGCCAAGAGCAAGAAUGCCUCAGAUAUGCCAGAGACUAUUACCAGUCGGGAGGCUGCUCGCUUUCCGAUUGUCGCCAGUUGCACCCUCCUCGGACUCUACCUCUUCUUCAAAAUCUUCUCUCAAGAAUAUAUCAAUCUGUUGCUCUCCAUGUAUUUCUUUGUCUUGGGGAUCCUAGCCCUGUCUCACACCAUCAGCCCCAUCAUGAACAAAUUCUUCCCAGCUAACUUCCCCAGCAAACAGUACCAGCUUCUUUUCACGCAGGGCUCAGGGGAAAACAAGGAAGAAAUAGUGAAUUAUGAGUUUGAUUCCAAGGACCUUGUGUGCUUGGCCAUGAGCAGCGUUGUUGGAGUCUGGUACCUGCUGAGGAAGCACUGGAUUGCAAACAAUCUCUUUGGACUGGCGUUCUCUCUCAACGGCGUGGAGCUCCUGCAUUUGAACAACGUCAGCACUGGGUGCAUCCUGCUCGGGGGCCUCUUCAUCUAUGAUGUGUUCUGGGUUUUUGGCACCAACGUGAUGGUGACUGUUGCCAAAUCAUUUGAGGCACCAAUAAAACUGGUUUUCCCCCAGGACCUGCUGGAAAAGGGGCUGGAGGCUGACAACUUUGCCAUGUUGGGUCUUGGAGAUGUUGUAAUUCCAGGGAUCUUCAUUGCUCUGCUGCUGCGUUUUGACAUCAGUUUAAAGAAGAACACGCACACGUACUUCUAUACCAGCUUUGUGGCAUACAUCUUUGGACUGGGCCUGACCAUGUUCAUCAUGCACAUCUUCAAACAUGCCCAGCCAGCCCUGCUGUACCUGGUCCCUGCCUGCAUUGGGUUCCCUCUCCUCGUGGCCUUGGUGAAGGGAGAAGUAACCGAAAUGUUCAGCUAUGAGGAGAAUUCCACGCCAAAGGAGGAGCCUGGGGACUCCAAAGAUGCAAGGAUGGAAACGGAUAAAAAAGAGAAGUGACCUUGCACAUCUGGGCCAGGAUGGGCGUGUCGGGACCAGGCCAGGCUGGGAUCCAGGCCCCAUCGCAAGGGAUAAAGAUGAAGACCAAUUGUGUAUCAGCAUCAUGGUGUGUGUGUGUGUGUGUGUGUGUGUGCGCGCGCGCGUGUGUGUCGGGAUGGGAGAAUCUCUGUAAGCCACAUCUCUGUCCGAAGUCCUGCCAUCCCGACAUUCCACCUGGGGCCUGUUCACGGCCACACAGUGCUUUGGGCAGCCACACUCCCUUCUUUUAUUUCAUUUUUUUGUCAUCUCCAGAAAAGGGGAGGGGGAAACCAAGGGGCUGGUUUUUAAAUUUUGUAUUGUGGAUUCGCUUUCUCUCAUAUUAAACCAUCUCAGAGGAUG